AUGCCUCCACGACCGGGUGAAGAAAUAUCGGUGACUGUAUUGGCUGAUAUCCAUUACUAUUUCACUGCACCAACUCCUAAACCACUCUACCAUCGAUUUGAGAAAAGCUCCUACCUAUACAUCUACCAGGCGCAAAACAAGGCCCGGAUUGAGAUCGCCAAUAAUCCAGGAACUCCAGAGCAAGAUGCGUUCCAGGGAACAUUGGAUAAUGUGCAUAUACAACACUCCACUCAGUUCCCGACCUUAUGCACCUUGACGGUGGAUGGAUAUACCGGAGUGCCCCAACAAGAAGCUUCCCAGUAUGACUGGCGACUCCCAAGCACCGACGAUCCGGAUGACUUGAUUCGCAUAAAUACGCUGGAUAUCUACUUCUGGACUCUGGACGACGCCAACCAGUUCCUAGACUCAGUGGGUCUACUACUGGCAAACGACCAACUAGAAACAGACCGAUACACGACCGAGCUGCCAGAUCAACCACUCAGCUCCGUGGUCCAGCAGCUUGAGAGCGUCGCAGUCUCACACCCCGCAUACCAGAAUGGCCAAACUCCCGACUCGAGAUUCAACCCGCCACCCGUAGUAGCAGGAGCAGCACCAACCACGCAACCCGCUCCACCAACCCUCAGUUUCGCCCCGCCACCACCACCCCAAACUGGCCCAAUAACCGAUCACCAACAUUCCUAUGCUCACCACCGCGCCUCUCCAGUUUCCCCAAUCACCCCAGAAGAAAGAAGCUCACCCGAGAACGUGACACCACUGCCCUAUAACCCGGCCGCACCCGCCGCCCCAGAACACAUCAAGCAUCGCGAGAAGACCCCUCCCCCGCCAGAAGAUGGCUCGGGUCUCGCAGCUACGGCCGCAGCCGACGCAGGCAUCCCAUAUACACCCCCACAUCAAAUGGGUAACAAUGUCGGCAUAAGCUCUUUUGCACCCCCGCCUACCGGCAUGCAAUACAAUAAUGUCCAGACAGGAUAUGCCUCGCCACCCCCAAGUGCAGGGCUAGCCCGUGCAGGUACAUUCCCGCUCGCUGGGCCGGGCUCUGCGCUUCAGAGCCCUGUCCUCCCGUCGUACCAGCAAUCUUUCCUUACGGGACAACCGCACCCAGGGGCCAGUGGCAUGCCAUAUGGAUCACAGGAUCCGAAUGCUCAUCUAUAUAGCCAACAGGGGUAUGCCACCCCACAACAGUCGCCGCCUCAGCAUCAGCCUCCAGUUGGAAUAUCGGGUUACUCGUAUGAUCAGUCGCAGCCGCAGGCACAGCCUUUACAGCGGAGUGGGUCAGAAUAUGAUAUCCAUAGUCAAGUUUACCGGCCUACGCAGGAGGAAGUGCGCUCUCAUGCACAAAAGCAUGCUCAUAAGGCGAUGAAGGCACCAGGAGAGCGGCCACAUAAAAUAGAGGAUAAAGCGCAUAAGAUGGAGGGUGGAGUGAAUCGGUUCUUGAAGCGGCUUGAGAAGAAAUUGGGAUAA